GUAACCAGGGGUGGACUGACCAUUUGGAAACUCGGGCACUGCCCUAGGGCCCGGGGUCAGUAGGGGGCCCCAUGAGAUGCCCUGGUACCUUUUUCAUAGGAUUUUUUGAGUUUGGACAAGGACACAGGGGCCCCAUCAUUCACUAUUGCCCGGGGGCUCCAUGAGUUGUCAGUCCGCCCCUGGUGGUAACGUAAAGACAGCAGCGGGUAUCCUGGGUGAUGUAUUAGACCAUAUUUUACCCAGAACCCCCACCAGGGAUCUGUCAUUUAGUGGCAGUGGGGUAGCA